GUUUGGAAAUCAACAAGGAAGUCUUUUUAGGCGCCAAUUUUUGUUUCGUCGUUUGGAUGAUAAACAUUUUCUCUGUUCUAAUUCCGUGGGAACUCACCCUGCGAAGAUGUCUGAAAACACAUUCCCGGUCUAUAGUGUGGAUGCUAUUUUGAACUUUUACCGAACAGAAGUUCUAACCGGUCAGGAGGCAAAACAUUUAACAAAGAGCGAUCUGACUCCUACUCCCAAGCCAGAGACUGUCCAAACAUUGUACAUGAGAGUGCUGCACCUCCUAUAUCGUUUCAGGCCUGAGUGCCACUCCAUGGUCCCUAUGUUGGAAAAUAUUCAGCAUCCAACUUAUCAUGAGGGGGCGACUGCAAUCAUGAGUGUAUACAUGCGAAUGCGUCAGUUUCUGCCAAUGUGCCUGGUCUAUGAUUUCUCACUGAAUGACCUUCUAGCACCAAAAAAACAGAAGACUCUGACGGUUCUCAGCGCCAUCAUGAACUUUCUUCAUUUCAGACAGCAGAGAAGGGACAUGAUCCAGGAGAAGCAGUCCAAAUUUAGGGCAGAUAUGGACCGUCUGCAGGCUUACACAAAAAAAAAUUUAGAGGCAGAGAAGAAGAUUGAGAUACUGACGACCAUCCCUCCUGAGCAGCAGGCUGAGGCUGAUGAGUUGGCAGCUGCUCUCUCUGAGCUACAGGCUAACACCAUGCAUGAAUACCAAGAAGUGAAUGCAAAAAAUGACAGCAUUGCCGAGUGGAAAACCAUAAUUGCAGAGAAGACCCAAAAACUGGCCCAGUUGAAGGUUGAUGUUAGUAACCUGAAAGAAGACAUCAGCAAGCUGAAAUCUCAGAUUGUGGAGUCUCCAGAGGAGCUCAAGAGUCAAAUGGAGAAGAUGAGAGAGACCGUCAAGAGCAUUAAGAUCUCAAUGGAAGAAACAGAUGAGCGUGUGGUGGAGCUGCAGAGUAUGGUGCAGAGUGUGACUCACACUGAGACUGAGAUACAACAGAUGUACAAUCUGCUGCAGGACCUAGAGAGCAGCAUGAACAACCUGAAACAAAGACAGGAGGAGCACAAGGAGCUGACAGCUCAGAGUGAGAAGAGGAAGAAGGAGCUUAAGAAUUUAUUCAUUGAGGAAGGUCAGCUGAAACGAGCUCUGGCCAUGAAGUUGGACAAAGAGUCCAAACAAAACAUCCGCAGGACGAAGAAGAGGGAGAUAAAGGAGCAGCAUGUUCAAGACGUGUUGGGGGAAUGUAACCAAAUCCAUCAAAAACGAGAAGAGAUGGUUGAUAAAAUCCAGGAGAUUUCCAGAGAGACGCAGCAGCUGAAGGCAAAGAUCCAGAGUCUGAGGGAUGUUUGCAACAAAGAGACAGAGAAAGCGCAGGCUCUGUAUGACACCCUGUCAACCUCUGUGGGCGAGUUGCACCAAAGGAUUGAGAUGCAUGUGGUAGACCUGAAGCUUGACAUCACCAAGAUGUCUGCCAAUUUUUAAACGCAUCAUUAAUCUCUUUCAUUAAAGCUGUUAAGUUGUUUUUUAUUCUGUCUUAAUUAUUUUGGAAUGGUAGAAAUUGUGUCGCCAUUUUGUAAAAUUUAAUAAAAAUCUCUCACAUCA